UGGUAAAGUAAAUGUUUUUUUUUUUUUGGAGAUGGUAAAUUCGACAAAGUCAUUAUUUGAAGGUGGUAAAAAUGAAAAUAACCUAAAUUUUCAAACUAGCUCAACACCAUUACUUUAAUUAAUCCAGUUUGGCCGGUGAACUUCCCAUUCCAUACUUCCAUAUUUCAACGUGUCAAAAAUCUAGUGGUCCAAUUCCCUAACAAAGCAACAAUAACCAUUUUUUGCUACACUGAAAACAACACUAAAUUUUUAAUUUCUAUUUUUUCUCCCCAUAAAAAAAAACCAAAAGUCAAGAAUAAUUGAAAACGGUCCCAAAUCACCCUCACAUAAAUUCACCAACCAUAGACCUCCUUCUCAGAAUCCAAUCCCUUCUCUUCAAACUCCACUACCUUCUCACCUCCCAAAAACUCUCUCUCUCCUCAAGCUCCAACAAUGGCGGACGACUUCCACAAAUCAGUCCAACUCGGCUUGAAGCUCUCUAAACGCAUUUACUACGGCAAAGACCCGUCGAUGAAGCCGCCGCAAACUCCGUCGUCAAUGGAGAAGUCUUCGUCGGAAGAUCAGCUUCUUCUUCCGACUUCUCCGAUGGUUUAUGCGGUGGUUUCUAACCCUGCGAUGAUCGAUAAUCCUGACAUUAAGAGUUAUCAGCCGUAUGUUCAUGGCCGGUGUAAACCUCCGGCGUUGAUUCCGCUUCAUAUGUAUGGCGUUGAAGUUGAGGUUGAUUGUUAUUUGGAUAUGGCGUUUGUUCAUUUGAGUGCUACUUGGCGAUUGCACUGUGUUGAUGCUGCUCAGAAGUGUGAUUGUCUUCUCGCUAUUCCUAUGGGAGAGCAGGGUUCAGUUCUAGGUUUUGAAAUCGAUGCUUCUGGAGGUUCAUAUCUUUCUCAGCUAGUCAAGGUAGAAGAUGCAACAGAUCUAGAUGGAUCAGACAAACUUGAGUAUGGAGGCUUCGUGAAGCCCAAUAUUUUCACUUUGAAGAUCCCUAAGGUUGAAGGAGGAUCUAAGAUUCUGGUUAAAGCUAAAUGGUCCCAGAGGUUAAUAUAUGAGAAUGGUUGGUUCUUGCUGAAAUUGCCAUUUAGUUUUCCAGUGUAUGUCACUCCAGGUGGGAAGAUUUCUAAAAAACAGAAGAUACUUUUGAAUGUCAAUUCUGGUACUAAUGCAGAAGUUCAAUGCAAAGCUGCUACUCACCCGUUGAAGGAACUGAAGCGUCAGGUUGGCAAAUUUGGUUUCUUGUACGAAGAAGAAAUUAAUACAUGGUCGCAGACUGACUUUGAAUUUUCGUAUUCUGUCUUUUUCAGUGACAUACAUGGUGGAUUUCUAUUGCAUUCUCCUUCUUCAAAUAAUAUUGAUCAAAGGGAAAUGUUUGCCUUUUAUCUUUUCCCUGGGGAAACUCAGAAUAGAAAGGUGUUUAAGAAGAGAGUCAUAUUCCUUGUAGACAUAAGUGGUAGCAUGAAAGGUGCUCCUAUUGAAAAUGUCAAGAAGGAAGUCUUGGCAUUUCUAUCCACGUUAAAUCAAGAUGAUCUCUUCAACAUCAUAGCAUUUAAUGGGGAUAGUCACUUGUUUUCUUCAUCAAUGGAACUGGCAACCCAUGAAGUACUAAAACGAGUCAGUGAGUGGAUCAGCAUAAAGUUACUUCCAGAGGGAGAAACAAACCUUUUGCUCCCAAUGAAGCAGGCUCUAGAAAUGGUGUCACAUGACAGCAGCUCAAUGGCUCAUAUAUUUCUUAUUACUGAUGGCGCUGUUGAAAAUGAAAGAGACAUUUGCAAUGUUGUGCAAGAUUACUGUGCAACAAAGGAAAAAUCACCUUUUCUCCGUGUUUCUACCUUUGGCAUAGGUUCAUAUUGUAAUCACUUCUUCCUACAAACAUUGGCACAGAUAGCUAAAGGCCAUUAUGAUGCUGCUUAUGAUGCUGGAUCUAUUGCUCCUCAACUGCAGAGACUUUGCAUAGUGUCUUCGCAAGUAAUUCUUUCAAAUGUUGAAGUUGAUGGCUUGAGCUAUGUUCAAUCACUCACGCUGUAUCCAUCCAUGAUUCAAGACCUUUCAUAUGGAUGCCCAAUUAUAAUAUCAGGAAGAUACGAAGGCAAGCUACCAGAAUCUCUUAUGGUUCGCGGUACCUUGGCAGAUAUGAGUAAUUUUGUGACAGACCUUAAGAUAUGGAAGGAAAAGGAUAUACCUCUGGACAAGGUAUUUGCAAAGGCACAGGUUGAUGCUCUAACAGCAAAAGCUUGGUUUAUGGAAAGCAAGGAAGUAGAGAGGCAGGUUGCAGAGAUUAGUAUGCAAACAGGAGUCCUAUCAGAAUACACUCGCAUGAUUCUUUUCCAGACAGAUGCGUGGAAUCAAGGACCGGAUGCCAUCACAAUACAAGGGAAAGAAGCAUAUGACAAAAGUAGUCUGCAGAAGAUGGUCAGAAGUCAAAAGAUAAUUAUAUUGCAGAGUAUGGGUGUUGGCUUUGGGGAUCUGGAAAAGACUGCUGAAAAUUUGCCUCCAGGGGUGAUCGUGAAAGCUCCUGAUACAACAGAGUUUUUAGUCAAUGCUGCGACUGGUUACUGUGGCAAGUUGCUUGAUCGAUUCUGUUGCAUGUGUUUUAUACAGACACUCUCUAAGGUGAAUGAUCGAUGUAUAAUCACUUUCUCCCAAGUAUGUGCUGCCCUCGCAUGUUUUCAGUGCAUCGAUUGUUGUUUUGAUCUUUGCGACAAUUGUUGCUAGCUCUAGACCAAAGCAAAAUGUAUUGUUAAGAUAUAUGUAUAAUAUAUGUGUCUGUAUAAAUUGUAAGUUGUGACAUCCUCUUCGAGAGGACAGUUUGUUGUUACUCUACAUGAAUUCUGGACCUAGCUAUAUUAAGUGCUGGUCUUGGGAUCUUAGCUUAGCUGUUGAGGGAGCCAAUGGAAGGAAAAGAAGUAUGGAAUCCUAUAAUUUGUUCCUAGCUGAGUAAACCUUAGAAGCGGGUUAAUGGGGAUGGAUGUUGUGCAUUUCUUAGAAGGGAAUUGAAAUAACAGGAAGGACGUUGCUUAUGGUUUUUU